AUGUUGUUUGUACCUCCCCAGAACUUCUCUGCGGUCAUCUCGCUCGCCAGGCUGCCUGAUGUGCUUGUGUUGCCCAGAAAGAACCUAAUCUCCGGAGUUCCUGAUGGGAUUUUGGCUCUCAUGGCUCCCGUCAUCGCCUACUGGGUCUACUCCACCUUUUUCCACAUUAUCGAUGUGUAUGAGCUAGCGGAGAAGUAUAGGAUCCACCCAAGCGAGGAAGAACAGGCUCGUAACAAGGCGUCGUUGUCAGAAGUCUUGAAAGAUGUUGUUUUGCAACACGUGAUUCAGUCAGUAGUUGGUUACGGCUUCUACCGUCUAGAUCCUAUGCCUGUCACGGGCCACGAGCUCUACCAGAUGUGGUAUCUCAAGCACCAUUACCUUCCUUCUUUUGUGCCCGAUUCAGUGUUGUGGUUUGCCUACAGUUACGGAUGGUCAGCCAUGAGAAUCGGAAUCGCUCUCUGUAUCAUCGAUACAUGGCAAUACUGGCUCCACAGGACGAUGCACGUCAACAAAGCCUUGUACAGACGCUUCCACUCCAGACAUCACCGUUUGUACGUGCCAUAUUCGUAUGGUGCGCUCUACAAUGACCCCGUUGAAGGUUUCUUACUUGAUACUGUAGGAACGGGUCUUGCAGGCAUCAUCACCGCUUUGAGUCCACGUGAAGCAAUGUUCUUGUAUACAUUUGCGACUAUGAAGACCGUGGAUGACCAUUGUGGUUAUAGAUUACCAUGGGACCCUUUCCAGGUGAUCUUCCCCAACAACGCAUUGUACCACGACAUUCACCACCAGAAUUGGGGUUUCAAGUCCAACUACUCCCAGCCAUUCUUCACCUUCUGGGAUAAGCUCACAAAGACUCAGUACGAAUUUGUCAACGAGUACAAGGAAAAGCAAAAACAGAUCACUUUGGAGAAGUACCGCCAGUUCUUGGCCAACAGAAAGUUGAAGAAGGAGGCCAUGAGCCAGUCAAGCUCGGAGUCCUCGGAGAUUGCUGAGGGUAAGAAGGAUAUCUAA